UGUCACUUCCUCUCUUUAACACCACAGAAAGCAUGGCGAAAACUAAACGGAAGCUGGUGGACAUGAGUGUCGAUGAGUUCAUGGCUGCCGGACUGGAUACGGACAGUUCAUCUCUGUCUGAAUUGUCGGCAGUCAGCAAAAAACAAAAGGAAAAACUAAGCAAGAAAAUGAAGACUAGUAAUGAAAUCAUUGCAAAGAAAAACCCCAAAAGCAACAAAGAAAAUGCAAAACUGGACAAGAAAACAAAGUCAUCAAAAAUGAAAACGUCUCUAGCCAAACUCAAAGAACAAGACCCGGAAUUUUAUGAAUUUUUACAAAAAGAAGAUAAAAGUCUGCUGGAGUUUCAUGAAUCUGACCCUGAUGAUGAUGUGACUGAUGAUGAUGAUGAUGAUCUAGACGAUGAUGGCGGUGAUGAUGCAUUAGUUAGUGACGGAAGUGCCAGUAAAGAUUCUUACGACUUGGAGAAAGAACUGCUGGGCCAGUCUAGCGAUGACAGUUCGGACGAAGAAGAUGGAAGUGAUUUUCACAAACUGCCAGAGAAACUAGAGGUUGCGGGUGACAUCAGUGAUGAUGAUGAUACCGAUUCUGAUGUGGAGAAGGAGGAAAUCAAACCAAAGAAGAAAGGCAAGAUGGUUACUCUCAAAAUGGUUGCACAUUGGACUCAACUUUUAGAGAAUAAGCCGACCACCCAGGUUUUCAGAGAGGCAGUGUCGGCGUUUAAGGCUGCUGUCCACCAAGCGAGUGAAUCGGAUGCAGUCAUCAGUUUCCAAGUCGUCGGAAGUGAAGUGUUUAAUGCUGUUGUGAAGAUGUGCCUGGUUCAGAUGGCCCCUGUCAUUCAGAAUCUCCUACAGUUACCUCCCUUGGUGCAGGUGCAGCAAGCUCCGACGAUGAAGAGUAAGAAAUGGAAGAUGUUGAGGGUGGACGUCAAGAGUUAUCUCACCGAUCUGCUACAGUUGCUGUCUGCCCUCUCUGAGCGGGCCAUGUUGAAUGUGAUCCUGAAACACAUGCACAAAUUGGUCGUACUCUAUGCUAGUUUCCCCAAAACUCGUGUCGUCAAAGUAUUCUUAAAGAGAAUGGUUAGUCUGUGGAGUACUGGCGAGGAGACGACACGCGUCCUUUCGUUCCUGUGUAUCAACAAGGCGGUCAGGAUACUCCCCAGUCUGCUCGAACCAUGCAUGAAGCUUAUGUACAUGGCAUAUGUGAAGAAUUGCAAAUUUACAUCACCCACGACCUUGCCCUUGAUCAACUUCAUGCAGCGCUCCCUGGUGGAGAUAUUCAUCAUGGAUUCGGUUCUUGCAUACCAGUACGCCUUUAUCUACAUACGACAGUUGGCUAUUCAUCUGAGAAAUGCCAUCACCAUCAAAAAAAAGGACACGUUUCAGCCGGUUGCCAACUGGCAGUACAUCCACUGUCUGGGUUUGUGGGUGACUCUGUUGUGUACCACCCACCCUAGCGAUGUCCUCCAGCCGCUAGUCUACCCACUGACGCAGACUGUUAUAGGAACUAUCAAGUUAUUGCCGACUGCGAGAUAUUUCCCGCUUCGCUUCCACUGUGCGCGUUUCCUCAAUCAGCUGUCGUCCUCUACGGGGACCUUCAUCCCGGUUCUCCCGUUUCUCCUCGAGGUUUUCGAAUUGACAGACUUCAACAAGAAACAUUCAUCAGUUGGUUUCAAACCGUUCAACUUCGCCUGCAUUUUGAAGUUCUCCAAAACACAGGUCACAGAAAAAGGAUUUAAGGAUGGACUGGUCGAUCAGUUGUAUGAAUUGCUGCUUGAACACUUCAAUGUGCACGCUCACACCGUCGGCUUCCCAGAACUGGUACUUCCUGCUGUAUUACAGUUGAAAGAAUUUCUGAAGAACUGCAGGAUAGCCAACUACUGCAAGCAGGUGAAACAGAUCAUAGACAAGGUUUCAGAGAAUUCCAAGUUCAUCGUACAGCGGAGAAAAACUGCGACAAUGAAUCUGUCGGAUAAUGCGGCCAUGGAUGCCUGGGAGCGGCAGUGUAAAGCGGAAGGAACGCCGCUCACCAAGUAUUACACGACAUGGCGCAGACUGAGAGACCGCGAGCUGCAGCACGAGAUCGCCGGGAAAGAAAGGAUUGUUGGAGAUGACAGACUGCCAACCGUGAUACGGCCCAAAGGACCACUGAAAGCCACGGUACAAGAAAAACUUGAGUUUUCAAAACUCUUUGACCAGAACAGCGAUGAUUCUGAUGAUGACCAAAUAAGGUUUUUGCCGAAACAAGAAAGAGCGAACAAAAAGAAAAGAAAAGAUUCGCAAUCAAGCAACGAAUACAGCGAUUUCGACAGUGAUGAAUGGGAGAAACUAGCCGGAUCUGCCGAUGAUAAUAGUGAUGACGACGACGAUGAUGGUGAGAAUGAUGAAGCUACCAGUAAAAGCAUCGCAAAGCCGAAGCCACAAAGGGUGGAUAACUCUGGGGAUAAGGAGGACACAGUAGAAGAUUUUGUGAUGUCGUCCGAUUCGGAAUAAUGACGAUGUAAAGCAGAUGUGUCUUGAUAAUGAUGGAAAUUAAUUACCUGCAUGUACCUGCAGAUUUCAGCUUGUGUGGUGACAAAGUCAAGAAAUGAAAAUAAAAUGAUAUAAUGCAAUAAAUAAUCCAAGUAGGCAACAACA